AUGCAAAAAGAAGAAAAACCAGUGCAACAAGAACAGCCAGUAAUCGAUUUAAAUACAAAUCCAUCGCAAGAAAAGAAACGAAGACAAAAGAAAAAGAAAAUAGAUAAAUCAGUAGGAGACGAAAUUGACAAAGCCCUUAGAGAGAUUGAGGAUAUGGAUAAACAAAAAAUAAGAUCUCAGAAAGACAAGCUUAAAGAGCAGAAUAAGGAAAUCAAAUCUCGAGAUUCUGUUAAUGAGAUGAUAGAAAAACAUAACGAUGAAACUGAUAAAAAACAAAGCAAAUUUGGUGAAAAGUCCAGGAAAUCAAAAAAAUCUAAAGAAGCAACAAGAAUAAAAGAAACUAUAUCUGUGGAACACGUCAUGUUGCCAAGUAAAAUCAAAGCAAGCGAUAAAAAUAUUUUAAAAGAUGACGUGGAAGAUAAAAAAGAUACGAAGGAUGCAAAAGUCUCAGAUUCCAAAAAUGAAGAGGAGAUCCAAAAAGAUAUUACUAAGGAAAUGUCGAAAGAAUUGCAACUCGACAACAGCCACAUUAAUUCUAACAAACUCGAUGUAACGAAAUGUAAGAACAAAAUUGAUAAAGAUACAAAAAUCGAAGAACAAAACGGAGAGGCUUCAGAAAAUAAAAUGUAUCAAUCGGAUGUUUUAAAAAAGAAUAAGACAAAGUCAAAAGAGGUGAAACUGGAAGUUGAAGAUAGUAACAUAAAUCAAGAAAAGCUUGAAAUCAAUACUAAAGAAAUAAUUGAGGACAAAUCUUUAAAAUCAAUUAAACCAUUAACUGAUAUUGAAAUAAAAGAUUCCGAAUCAAAAACGCUUAAUGUUACAAAAAUUGCUAGCGAUGUAAAUGAAAGCAAAAAAAGUAAAACCAAUCCUCGAAAGAAAGACAAAGCCUCUAAAAAUAAAAUAAAAUCUGAAGCCAUAAUUGAUCCAUCAUCUAUGAUUUCAACAAGCAAAGUUUUGGAUGAAAUUAAAAUAAAUGUAAACGAUACAGAAAAACAUGACGUUCCAAAAUCAGAACAAAUGAUCGAUGAAGCUAAAAUCGUAGAAGCAGCAGUAGUUCAGGAAACUUCAAAAGAAAUAUUGUUGCCUGAAACAAUUCAACAAACAGCACAGGAAAUUGUACAAAUUGAUAAAAAUGAUAAAACAGAUGAUUCAGUUGGAGUUAAAGAAAGCAAAGAAACAGAGCAUCAGACAAACGCAAAAUUAGAAGUUGAAAGUUUCACGACGGAAAAUUUAGAGAUCGAUACAAUGGAUGAGAAAGAAGCAAUUAAUAAUAAUACAAAAGUAAUUGAGAAAACUAAAAAACCAGAAGUAGAGAAAUGUCAGAUAAAAACAAUGAAACAGAAAAAAUCCGAAAAAACAAAGUCUAAUGUUCAAGAUAAAAGAAAAGAAAAUCAAACUAUCAUCCAAGAGCAAUUUUCGGAAAAAAUGAAUUUGACUGAACAACAUGUAUCAAUGCUUAAUAACAGCUGUCUUGUUCAAUCAAAAACAGACGCUGAAAAUAACCAUGGCGUUAAAAUAGACAAGGAAGAAGAUAUAGUACUCGGCCAAGUUAAUAAAUCAACUGAAAAACCUACAACAGUAUCUGAGAUAGAUUUUGCUAAACCUACUACAGUAACUAAGAAUGUCGAAAUUAUUUCUAUUACAGAAACACUCCCUAAAGAAUCUGAAGUUUCUUCAGAAAUAAGUAAUACCGUUUCGGACAUGGAAGAAAAAUAUCGGUAUAUUAAAAAUGGGAAACUUGAUCAUGAUAAAGAAACAAUUAUUAAAAACGAAGAUGUUAAGACCGAUAUAAAUGAUGAAAAUUCUCUACUAACGGAGGAUAUUAAAAAAUCGAAAGACGUUGCACCCAAGGAAAAAAUGUCGAAACGUAUGAAGAAAAAAGAACGUCUGUCUCCUAAGCAUACAGCUGAACAAACGAAACAGUCUUUUUACGAUAAAUUCCAAGAGGAAAUCGUUUUCAAGGAUGAUUCAACGAAGAAAGAAGAAACCCCAAAGUUUAUAAAUCUAUCUCUUGCGAAAAUUGAUAAUGUUGAUAAUGAAAAGACGCAAGAAUCAUCGAAAAAGAAUGAAACUGAAACUGAAUUUGAUUCUAAAGUUUCAAGUGAUUCGGUCGACAAAGCUCAAGUAUAUAAAGAACACACAGAUGAAACACAUAAUAAUUUAGAAUCCGAACAACCGUCUUCGACAGGGAAGGCUUUGAUUAUAGAGAAAAUGAUUACUACCGUAACGACUACAACCAGCGUUCCAGGAUCGGUAAAGGUCAAGCCACCCGAUGUCAAGUCCGUUAAAUCGGUAGAAAUAAUAGAAAAUAUAUCCCUUCCCAAAAUUGUAGGUUCCAAAGUUACCGAGUUAAUCACUUUGCGUCCUGAAACUGUAGAGGCUAGUCUUACUACUACUUAUGCUAGGGUAUCAAAUGAUUCUCUCGUUAGUAUGCAAUCGGAUCAGGCAGCGAUUUCUCAAAAAGUAGGUUUAACUUCCGCGAUUUCCACCGAAAACAAUGUGAUAUCCGACGAAAUGACCCUCUUCGAUAGCGUGCAGGAUAGGAGAAAUGUUUGUUCGAGCACUUCAGAAAGUCGCGAUAUGUCAAAGAAAUCCCCGCCAAUGACUUCAGCCGAAGAGAAGAAAGGAGAAGUUAUUAUUCAAUUAAAUGAUACAGAAAGAUUGGGAAAUCAAUUAAAGGUAGAAAUUCCUGAAGAAAAACAAGAGAAUGAUAAUAAAAAGGAGAAUACUGUUAUAACAACAUCAGGAAAUAUUGCUGUUGACACUAUUUUACAAAAUGACAAUAUCAUAGAAGGCCAAAAUAUUGAUAAUUCAGAAAAGAUAGAUAGAAAAACAGAAUUUGCGAUGGAAUGCGAAAGUAAACACACAAUCAGAAAAAUAAACAGUAAAGAAAUACCUGAAAGUUCGAAAAUAAAGAAGGAAAUAGUGCCUGAACAUUUAUUAGAUCUUAUUAAACCUUAUGCGAUGGAUCGCCAUGCUUACAAUCAUGCAGAAAGUAAUUUUCAUCGUUAUUUUAAAGUUGUUAAAACAGUAAAAAAAGUACAACCUACUGUUACAGUUCAUACAAGACCAGAAAGCAUAGAAAGAAUCGUACAAGACUCGGUAAUGAAACCAAUCGAUGUUAAAUCAUCGAACCAAGAAAUGAAUGAAAGCGAUUAUAGAAGACAUGCUUUUAUCGUAGAUGCGCCAAAAUAUCCGAUCGCGAGUUUUUACGAAUUUGAGUCGCAAUGGAUUAAAAUGAAAUUCGUGCCUGAAAAAUCCGUAUCUAUUUCUUCUGAUGACUCUGAAGUAUCUGUAAAAACUGCAAUAGAAAGAGAAAAACAAAUUGUUGACGAAAAUAAAGCUGUAAAUGUAGUGUCUGACUUUACAAAGGAUACAAUUGCGAUUGUAGAGAAAAUUGAAGCAAUUGAAACAAAUGAUAGUGAAGAUAAAGAUAAAAAAUCAAAAGAUUUACAACAAUCUGUACAUUUAAUUUCAGAUGAUUCUUGGAUGAGUAUUUUAGAUGAACCAAUGAUGAUUGAAGACGAUUUUGACGAUACAAUUAAUUCAGAAGAAAAUACAAUUAAUGAAACGGUAGAUACAAAAUUGAUAGGUGUUGAAAACCAAGACCGAACAAAUGAAGUACAGAUACAAGAAAAACAAUUAUCCGAAAAUAUUUCUGAAGUUGUAGAAAUUCCAUCGUGCAUAGAAUCAAUUGAAGAAAUUCGAGAGCCAACUUUAACUUUAGUUAAAGCAAAAACUAAACAACAAAUCGAAGAAAAAGAAAUAAAAAAGAAAAAAUUAAUAAUUGAAAAACAAGAAGACACGGUAGAGCAAAAAGAACCAAUUAUUGAAGAGCAACAAGAAAAAAUUGAAAAAGAAACAAUAAUUGAAAAAUCAGAAGAAAUUAUUGAAGAAGACAUUGAGACCAAAGAACAAAAAACUGAAAUUUUAAAUAGUACAUCCCUAACAGAAAUUGCUGUAAAAGAUGAAUAUCAUACUAGCAUAAAAGAUAUUAAAAAUGAAACAGUUAUGAACGAAAAACAAACCGAUAAAACAAAAAAUCAAUCAAGGAAAAAGAAAGAGUUAAAACAUGCUAAAGUCACAAAAACUAAAGAUCAAGCGAAGACUAAAACUGCAAACAAGCAGAAUGAUGACAUUAAAACAGACGUCACUAAAGACGAUUUAUCAUUACAAAGUAAUUUAGAAGAAAAUAAAUUGGAAAAUAAAAGUGAUUACAAAAUAAAAGAAGCAGAGAAAUCUUCGAUAGUGGACAAACAACAGGUUGAAUUGCACAAAGAUAAAGAAGAGGGUGAGAAACGUGAAGAACGUAAGAAAUCCAAAAAAUCCAAAAAACAAAACCAGAAACCUGAAGUUAUUCUUAAAGAGAAAUCAGCAUUAGUGAAAUGUGAGGAUAACUUAAAUAAAGAUGACAGUAUUACUUUCUCUAAAGCGACAGAAUCAGAUGUAUUUGAAACAUCAUCAAUUGUGGAAAACCAACAAGAGUCAAAGGAUGACAUGUCUAAAUAUGACAAUCGAUUAAAUCCGAAAUCAUGGGCAGCAAUUGUUGGUAAAAAAGGUACAACAGAGACAACUGUUGCUUCGAAUGAUGACUUUUUAAACACUCAAACAUCUGCUAUUACUCAAGAUACAAAUGAUAAUGUCACAAAUGUUGUAAAACAAUUACAAGCGCCGACUGAGUAUGACUCAUGCGAAAUUCCAUCAAAAGAAGAAACACUCACAACGCACUUACCUUCAUUAGAAAAGCAAAUAAGCAAAAAUGACAUCGAAGAAUUAAAGGCAACAGUGGUGGAUGAAAUCAAACCGAUCGAGGAGAAAUCCACAGAACUGUUGAAACAGCUUAAAGAAAGUAAUAAAUCUUACGCACAAGUUACAGCCUCCUCCCGAAGAACUUCUCCUCAGAUUUCUCAACAAGAAACAUAUUCAGUAAAAACUAUUCCAUUAAAGACGGAUCAUUUGGCGAUCAAUGUAAAAACACCCAUUUCAAAUGAAAUGCACGAAGAUUUUAUUACAGAAAAAUUACAAAAUCCAUUAGAACAAGAUAACAAACAAGAUAAAAUGGUAGUACAGUCUUCUGAUUAUCAAACAGUUAUUACAAACCUCAGUUCCCAAGAAGAAUCAAUUCCUUGGGUAGAAGAAGUAGAAAAGGAAACAAUGGCUAUUUCAACUAUCUCUGUUGAUUCAAUUAAUACGAAAGAUAAUGAAACAUAUGUAAAAUCAGAAAAUACAUGGGCUGCAAUAGUUGGUAAAAAAUCUAUAGAAUCACCGGAAGUUAGUGAUAUUAUUAAUUUCGAACAAAGUCUUCCUAAACCAGAACAAAAUAUAGAACCUCCGCUGCAGGUCCAGAUUUAUGUGGAGGAGGCUCCUAAACAAGAACCUAUAGAGAAUUUAGUUCAGGUAGACGAACAAGGUUUUAUAGAAUUUGUUAAUCGGAAGGAGUUACGCUCUAGACGUUCUAGAUCGCGCUCACGAAAUGCUAGGCAAGAUAAAAGAUACGCAAAUAAAGAAAUAAAAACACUAGAUAUAAAAUCUGAAAAUAAUGAAGAUAUUAAAGCUAAAGAGAUGGAAAAUAAAAUUGAGCAAUCUGUGCAAAAAACUGAAAAUGAACAGAGAACAAUUGAUGAGAACGACGAAUUGACAAAGAUUAUGAAAGAAGAAAAUGCCAAAUCAUCUAAAAGCAGAGAUAAAGACAAACAGAAAAAUGACUCGAAUGAAAACAAAAUGCAAUUUGCAGAAAAUAAAAGUCAUGUUGAGAAUAAAAUUAUUCAAGGAACAAAAUCCGAACCAAGCGCAACACUUAAAGGUAAAAAGACUAAGUCAAAAAAUAAAGCUGGUAAAGAUUAUAUGAAACAGCAAUCUGAAGUUAAUGAACACAAAGAAUUACAACAUAUCGAAAAACCGAGAGAAGAUAAAUCUGCAAAUGAAAAUAAAACAGAACAUAAUAAGAACCAAUUAGAAAAUAUUGAAGAUCAAUCAAUAAAAGAAAUAGAGUUAAUUAAAGAUACAGAGCAUGAGCAAGAGAAUAAAUGCAAGGAUAUAACAGCACUUCCGAUUGUAGAUCAAAACAAUACUACGAAAUCUAAAAAGAAGAAAAAUAAAAAGGGAAAAUUUGUAAUUGAGCAACUGAGUGAAAGUACUUUUGAUAUAGACAAAAAGACAGUUAUAGCUGAAGAUUUAGAAAAGAAAACAGAAUUGCCAGUAGAAUCCAAAUUAGAUGAAGUAAAAUUUGAAGCAAUUACUAUAGAUAUGACAUGUAAUAUACUUACGUAUCCAGAAAAUGAAGAAAUUUCAGCAGAAAAAAUUAAAAGACAAGAAAAUAUUAAACAAAUUGUGAUUCCUACAGAAAAGGAAAGUACAGAAAAAGAAAGUAUUGAACAGAAUAUGAUAGUUGACGAAUCGAAAAAUGCAGAAAUACGUACAGAACCUCACUUAGAAAAAAUAGAAAAAAAUAUUACGGAAGAAAAAGAAAUUCCUAAAUUCACAAAAGCAGAAAAACGUAAACAAAAGAAAAAAGUAAAAAUAGCCCAGAGCAAAUUUACUGAUUCAUCUGAAGAUAUAAACACUAUUGAAAACAUUAAAAUAAAAGAAAUCGCAUUAUCAAAAGAUAAAAUAGACGAUGAAUCAAUAAUUGAGAUACAAUCUGUACAAAAAGAAGAAAUUGAGAAACCUUUGGAAAAAUUCGAAACUAUAAAUGAAACCUCACUUCCACAUAUAACUUCGCUAAAAGACAAACAAAAAGCUAAAAGCAAAUCCAAAUCGAAAAAAGAGAAACAACAAGAUGAUAAAACUAAGUCUCAAAAUUUUACAACUACAUUUACAACUGAGCCUAAGGAAAUCAAAACUCUAUCCAUUGUAGAAAACACUGAAGUAAAUUUAUCUAAAGAAACAGAAGUAUGCAACAUUACGCAAAUUAAGGAAGAAAAUAUCAAAGAUCAAAUAUUAAAUGAUGAAUUAGCUGAAAUUUUACAAUCUCCAAAAAAUGUAACUAACAAAGAUCAUUUCUCUAUUGCCACGGAAACAAUUAAGCAAGAAGACAUUAAAGAAUUAAAAGAAAAUGUUCUUGAAGCCGAAGAAGUACCCACUGAUAUUUUGAAAGAAAAAACUGAAAUUGACUUGCUUCAAACAGAAGAAUCUAACAAUAUUUGUUUAUCUAAAUCUGACAAUAUUUUGAAACUACAUGAUAUUACAACUAACGACGAUAAUACCAAAAUAGAAUCGGUAUUGAUAUCAGAUAAAACAAAUGAUGAAAUCGAAACAGAAACUCCAGUUAAUCAUGUUUGCAUGCAAAAGGAGUUACCGUGUGACUCGGUAAAUGCAGCUAUAAAACAUUCUCUACCGUCAGAUAAAUUAUCUUCAACUGUGCAACAAUCCUUCGAAGACGAGGAUAAAUUGAAAUGCAUUGCAAGUACUGAACAAGAAAAUUCUGACAUUUUAGUUGAACCAUCCAAAUCUAAAGUCCAGUUUUAUAUAGCGGACGAAAUCUUAGUUCUGAAUCCCGAUCGACGGAAGCACGUUCCAUCAACAUCCUUCCUGCAGGAACAAUCUACAACUGAUUCGUGUACAACUAAUUCAUGGUUCCUGUCCAUUGAUGAUGGUUUUUGGCCUGACAAACGACCCUAUCACGAAGCUGAGCGUGAUCAUUUCGAGAACUUAGCCUUACAUACAAAAAAAAAUCUCUCACAUGAUAGUAAACGUGAUUCCGACAAUCGUCCCCAAGAUCACGACGACGACAAUUCGGGCGGUGGUAGCAGUGGUAGGUCAUGGGAUUCUUGUGGAAACUCAUGUUCUCUUCUGGGUACACCUCAGACAGAACGUAUGAUAGCUGAUCUACCCGGUGGCAUAUGUAGUUGGAGCGACUAUAGCACUUAUCUAUCGAGCGAGAGCGAGCGGACAAUGGAUCACAAUCUACUACUCGGCACGAUCGAGGAUCCAACAUUACAUUCGAGUUUAUCUUUGGAUAACUCGUUGCCAAACGAAGUCCAGUUAUCAUCUCCUAGAUUCCCGUCAUCAUCCUCUCCCUCCCAGGAUCCGCAGAUUGAAUCGUGCAUAGAAUCUCUUGCAAACGUCGAAAUAACACCGUGGGAAUAUCCUGUCUCUUCUUCGAAUAGUUUCCAAAGUUCCAAUGAUCCUAGCACUUGCACCAAAUCAUCGACCUUUACCCACCUUCCACAAUCCAAACUGCAUUUAGGUAAAGAGACGAGGGAGGGAUCCGUGCAACGGUGCAGCCCGAACGGGGAGGUGGAGAGAGAGACGGCUAAAGGCGAGGCUGAAAGGAUACGCAGGAUCCAGGACGUCGAAGAAGGCCUCGCUUCUUUACAAGCAAGACUUACGAAUCUCGAAGGAACGAUGAGCUAUUUGCCUCGAGAUAGUAUAGAGUCUAUGCUUUCAUCUCUUAUGACUAUAUUAAUGGAGCUUCGCGCCUACGAUGAGGAUGCUAUGCAACUUCAAAAGCGAUUGCAAGAAAUUCCUGCCGAUAUUGAAUCUCAAAAACUCUCGAUAGCUUUAACGGGAAUUCAUACACGCGUCACUUCCCUUCUCGAUCAAGCAGAACAAGGGAGGACAGCUCUGGAACAAGCACGAGAAAGCCGAGAGAAACGUGGCCAAGAGAUUCAUACUUAUAAAUUAUUCCUCGAAGAGACAGAUACUUGGUUAAGAAAUGUUGUAUCAAAAUUGCAUGAGCAACAUUCACUUAAUACCAGCAAGGCUUUACAGGAAGAAUUAAUGAGUCGUGCACAUCAAGUCUCAGAACUCGAAUCGUUGCCGGAAGUGAGCACGCUAGCGAUAGCGUUGAAGGAAGCCCUCUUGGACGUAAUCGACCGUCUCCAACGAAAGCAGCAGGAGAUCUGUGAUGAGGAAGCUCAAGCUGACGAUGAAUCGACAGAAAGAGAUAAUGCUACUUUGGAUGAAGCACCUUCAAUUCAUUCCUCCAUAGAAGGCGGUCCGCCAUCUUUAGCUGACGUUUCUUUACAGACAGGUCAAAGUUUACUAAUCGACGACGUUGUCGAAAGAAAAGCACAACUCACAAAACAGACAUCUACAACACAGAUGCCACCGUCAACCACGUGUCAUUCUCUCACCACGCAGACAUCACAGGAUUUAUUGCCGAGCGAGAGUGCUCAAACGCAGGAAGCUAUAAAGGUUUUAAAAACUACAACAGGCGAUCAUGAUGUAAUCGAAAUAGCGACCAAAUACGUACCGUCUAGUUCUAGUCAAGAAAUAGCGCGUCGGGAACAAUCCAGCAUUCUGUCCAGCGAAGAUAUCGUUGUCGAUAUGAAGUACCAAGACGCGAAAAAGACCGAUAGUGCAACAAGCGAGCUAAACAUUGUUCACGCUGCACCACAGUCAUUUGAGACGAUUCUGGUCGAACCAGACGACAUCACUACCGAGGUAGUUGUCGACGCUGAUGGCACCAAGAGAAUAAUCGUAAGAAAGUUACGACGUACUGCAGUCACCAGCAGGCAAACCACACAACAGCGCGUGUCCACGAUGUCGACAGCAGUCGGAGAUACGCUAACGAUGAUGCAAGCUUUCUCAGAAGCUGCGAUGAGAGAUCAACAAGUCACCAUGACUAGGACAAGACCAGAUGGUACUAUCGAGACUACGACAAGGCAAAUUUACGGUGGCAAAGUUACUACAAGCGCCCCUGUCGAAGGUAUCAACGUGGAGGAGUACGAAUCCGAACCCCGUUACACGCGCAUGGUAACGCAAGGUCAGAUAGGAGAUAUCAGCUGUCAGCCUGUCGAGGAGGAGAUACUGAUGGAGGGCGGUGAGUAUCAAACGAGGACAUCAAGCGUUCAUGCUGUAGUGCAACAAGUCACAAGACGGGUGAUCAAGCGAACGCGUAAAAUCAUCCGAAAAGUUACCAUCGUCGAUGGUAAAGAGAUCACUACUGAAGAGGUGAUUGAAGAGCCUGAAGAAGUAGAAAUAGAUGAGCAGGAUAUACCGCAUAUCAGUAUCAACGUAGUUAAGAGCGAAGAUCAAAAGACUUUCCCAGUGGAAAAGGCAAUAGAGCAACGAGAAGCAGCGACAUCAGAGAUGGGAUCUUAUAUCUCCGAAACUCCGAUGCAAGGACCAUUUUUUGGACCAUUUGCUAAAGAUAUAACGAGCAUAUGUCGAGAUAAAGCAGAGGAGAUCACAAAAACUUCGGUAACAAUUGCGGAAGAUGACAUCUUGAAAACCAAAACAUUGGAUACUGAAAAUAGCAAAAAGGAAACUACAUUGUUAGAAGAACCUACGAUAAAAAUAGUAGAUUCUACAAUGGACACAGCUGAUUCUAAGAUAAAAUUAACGGAUUCUACACAAGCUGCAGUGCUCUCUUCUUUGAAAGAGCAUGUAACACAAGAAGAAAAUUUAGUUAGCAUUCAAGCUGAUGAAGGUAUUUCUACUGUACAAAGUGACGAAAAUGUGACACAAACAGAAAUUAAAUCGCAAAUGAUGGACAAACAAGAAUACAAGCACUUUCCUACCGAGGUAAAUGGCACAAGUAUACUUGCGAUCGAUAAUCAAGCGCUAAUCGAUGCUGAACGAUCUGCUGUUUUGCAGACUCCUGUUGAAGAUGUUGCAACGGUACAAUCGGAAUCUGUAAAAUCUCCAUUAGAGCCGGCCGUAACAGAUGAUGAACCAGUGGUCACCAAGGCUACUUGUAAGUCUGACGAUGCACCAGUAAAGAGCGAAACACUCGGUAUCGAGCUAGAAAAUGGCACGGUAGAAGUAGAGACGCACCAUGGUGAUAGCAGCACUGUAGAUGCAGAUAAAAAUAUCGAUGUAUUGAAUGUUGUAUUAGAAAAAAAGUAUGAUGAGAAAGAAGAAUCGAAAAGAAAGGUCUCUCUCGAAUCAUCCAAAGAAGUUACAACCUUAACAUCACUUCAAAAAUUGGAGCUAGGAAACGGAUCGAUUGCUUUAACAAGUAAGUUAGAUAUUUCUGAAUCUGACAAAAAUGCGGAAAAAACUAUUUCAAAAUUGAAAGAUGCGGAAAUAUCUUCCAAAAAACGGCAAAUAUCACCAGAAUUGUUCAUAAGUGAAGAAAAAGAUAACUCUAGGGAUGAAGCAUUCAAACCAGAAUACAAACCGAUGUUUCAUAAGGUUGAAAUAUCUCUAUCGGUGCGUAAAGAAGAUGAAGAAGUGGAACCAUUAGUUUCUAUCAAAACUCAGGCAGAACGACCCGAAAUUGCCCCGUAUAGCAUCGUUAAAGAAGAUGUAGAUAUUAAUCUUCCAGCGGACAAGGAAACGACAGAAGUGAUACACGAUAAAAUUGUGCAGACCACCGCCUUUCUCACUGCUGAAAAAGAAACAGAAACCUUACAAUUAAAUACUGCAGAAAAAGAAGUCGAUGUUUACAUCGAAUCGCCAGAAAAGAGUAAAUCGGAUACUACAAGUCAUAAAAGUAGAAAAAAGAAACGGCACAAGGAUAAAUCAGAAUCCUUGGAAAAACCAGCAGAAACAGACUCUAGCACUUCCAUUGCUACAUCAAUUGCCGAAUCUAUGGAGAUCAAUAUUCCAUCAUCUGAUUCGUCCAAACAUGCUAGUGAGCAACCACAACCGGACGUCACAGAUAUUAUCAAGUCCGAAUCUUCUCUAAGCUUAGACGACAGCAUUGUGGCAGAGAACGACGGAUAUCAACCGGACGAUAAAACUAUGGAUGAAUUGUCGAUCGCGGUGGAAAAUGAAGACGGCAUAAAGAAGAAAAGGAAAAAGAAGAAGAAGCAAAAGGUUCGACCACUUCGAGAUGAAGAUAUGACUUAUAUGCCCAAGACUAGUAGCGAUGAUGCGACGUUCACAGACAAUAGUCUUCCUUUAGAAAUUUCUGAAGUAAAAGAAAUAACCACAAAGGAUAAGAAAAAAGAGGACAUCACGAUAGAAGAAGAUGGUCGAAUUAUAGAAGAGGAAAAAAUGAAAGAAGAUGUAACGAAACCAGAAGAUGAGACAAAAGAAAUUAAAGUCGAAACAAUACAACAAGAAAGUAAACACGAAACUACGUUAGAUGACGCGAAUACUCAAACAGCUAUAGAAACGUGUGAUGUAUCGACUUCGCUUACUCCAAAAGAAGAGGAAAGUCUCUCUACGUUCAUGCAAACCUCUCCUGAACCGGUACCGAUCACUUUGGAAGAAGAAAUACAAACGGCUAAAACUGAAGAGACUCAUAUGGAGACACAAACAUUUUUAGAACCCGGACUUGAUUUCAGCGCGCAAACUAUCGCGGAAGAAACACCGGAAGUCGAAGAUUCAGGUGUACAAACUAUGACACCCACGGCGACGCCAAUGGAAGAGUUCGCUAUUCAAACUAGUCCAAUAGAAGAUAUUAUUCCUGCCUCAGUGGAAACAGAAGAUUCUCAAGCACAGACAACUCAAAUUGAUGUUCACUCCACGGAAAUACAAACGUCACCUGUUGAAUCAUCUUCAAUGAUAGCGACUGAAACUCAAACAGCAAUAAAUACUGUAACAGAAGUCGAGCAACAAACUACUCCACCACUAGUGGCAGAGAAAAUUAUUGUGCAAGAAAUUUCUAUUCAAACGUUGUCUGAAGUACCAGAAUCUUACGAAAGAGAUGUGCAAACAAGUGCCCCGAUUAGUCCAGAACAACUAGAUGUUUCGCAUACAGAUACUCAAACAAUCGCAGAACCAGAAGUUGCUGCUGAAACAACGGAAACACAAACGACGCCUGAAGAGAGUCCUCGAAAAGUGGAGUUGCAGGAAUCUGAAAUGCAAACAAAAUCGCCUGAGCAAACUAAAGAGACUAUGAUGCAAACAAGUCCAAUAAUUAGUCCGGAACCUAUACAAGUGUGCGAAGAAUCUGCUCAAACUAGCAUUGAAGAUAUGAAACAAACUGCAGAGGAAGAAUCACAGACAUCAGAAAUCAGUCCAAAGAAAACUGAAACUUCUGAUAGUUCGGUGCAAAUAAAGGCAGAAGAAUUGAUACCACAAAUUGAAGAAAGUGUACAAAAUAUUCCCGAAGUAUGUGAGAUCAGCGUACAAACAUCACCAAAAGAAGAGAAACAACCAACUGAGACAAUCUCAGUAUCUCAACAGACAACAUAUGUUCCCACUCAUACUGUUGAAGUAUCUACAGAAGAUUUUAAAACGGGAAUAGUUGAAACAAAAGAUCUGAGCAAAGUGCCCGUUCCAAUUAUCUUAGAAGAGAUGAAGAAGAAAGAGAAAAUAGAUUUAGAAAAAACUCCAGCAGCACCUGAUGUACAAGUACCAGAAAUUGUGAAAUCCGUAGAGGAAGUAAAAGAAGUAGAAAUUGUGAAUAAGCUGAUAUCAGAGAUUCCUACAACGGUCCUAGAAAAUAUCGUACAGAUGAAUGCUCCCGUCGAAAAAGAAACAAAACAUGAAUUUUCUGAAGUGGUGGUAGAACAUCCAAAACCAAUGGAGACUAUUACAAAAACAAAAGAAUCUACGCCAUCUUCCAUGUCAGAAAAGGAUAAUACUUCGGAUACGUCGUUUGAAAUCCAUGUUCACGCGACUAUAGAAUUAUCCGCCAGUGAUACGCUCGAUAGUGUUGCAUCUGUUAGCAAGGAAGCAACCGAUACUUCGCAAGAUACCACGAUUGCCGAAGAUCUCAAUAACGACAUAAUCGCGGAACAUGAUAAUAAGGUAUCGAAACGGCAAAAAAGAAAAAGAAAGCAUAAAACUAUGGAAAUCACUGUACCGAGCAAGGAUAAGUCAGAGCUUGAAUCUGCAUUUAGACAAUCCAUGGAAUCUCAAGAUACUGUCGCGGAACUGUCUUACUGCGAUGUUGUCAAACAGCAUGCCAGCAAACAAUCUCCGAUGGAAAAUGACGAUAUAUUGGAGGAAGCGGCAUCCGAAUAUCCUUCUCAGACAACAUCUCAGAUCGAACCAGAUGUGAAAUUGGAAGACACUGCAUUAAAAACUAUAAUAGAAAAAAUGAAUCGACGUGAAGAAGGCAUUCAAGAAAUACCUUUGGAUAUUUCAACUACCUCGGGAGUAGUACCUGCAUCGAUGAGUGAUCCAUCUGUCGAUUCGAAUUACAUUCCAGAAACAAUAGUACCUGAAGUAGCAACAGUGCGAAAAACAUUUGCGCUUAGUAGACCGAUGAUAGAACCAUUGUUAAUGUCGUCGGAUCAAAAACCGUUCAUAUCUACGCAGUUGUCGCCUGAACCAAUGGAUACUACUGAAGAGCCGUUGACGCCCAUAGAAAUCGAGCAACCUAUUCUGAAUAAAGAAAAUAUUAAACCAUUGCGAACGGAAAUCAAGACGUACGCCGAAGUAAUAUCUGAAACACCAGCAGAAAUAUAUGAAAAGAAAGAACCGCAAUUGUGGAAAGAAUCCGUUAUCCAAGUAUCGUCUCCUCAAGCAUUAUCUGCGGCUUUCCUUUUAAAGGAAUCUCUGGGAUAUAGCGCUAAACCGCAACAUCAGGGAACGCAAACGAUGCAAGCAGCUAAAAUAAUAACUGACCGAGUAAAGAAUCUACAGAAUACCAACGAAUCGAGUCAUUUAGGUAACAUCUUGCAUAUCGCGCAUCUAGAAGAAGUCACCACAGAAAGACUCGCGGAAGAACGCUCGUCGGAUGUUCGCAGAGAACUGGCGCAAUUAAAAAAUGCUGUUCAAGAGAAUGAUGUCAUAGUUGUCGAAGAAACUCUUGUUACUGUUGUCGAAACAAUUUCGACUUGGUUAGAAACCAUUGAAUAUCGAAUCUUCCUAAACAGAGAAUGUCCGACUGGACCUUCUGAUGAGGACGCCAGAACGUUCAUUGAAUUGAAAGAUGAGGUGAAUAAUGUAGAAGAAAGUGUCCGUGAGCUCGAUAAUAUUUGGAAGCAAUUAGAGGCAAGCUAUCCGAAAGAGGAACGGGAGAAAUUACGAGAAUGUGUAGAUGCCCUUGAGCAUCAGGUGAAAAUUAUCGAGCAUGUUACUACUGACGGAGAGAGACAUGCUAAUAGGCAACUCGCACGAUGGGAUGAAUUUCUAAAUAGCAUUAAUAACGUAUAUAGAUUAGUCGAAGAACAACGUAAACAGCUCGAUUACAUAAUCGAAAGCGAGUAUUCCACACAAUGGAAAUUACAGGAACUCGAUAAAUUAGACAAUACCAAUCGCUGUCAUAUGUGGAAGACAAGUAGUCUUCUCGAUGCUGCUCAAGAAUUACUGCGCGAUCAUCCCGGCAAAAUUAUACCUGAAGAAAUCUACGCAGCGCAUGAGAUAACAAAGAUCAUCGAACAUGGUAUAUGUAUCGAACGAGAACGUCUUCUCCAAUUGCUCGCUUUAGCCGAAGAAUAUGAGCAAACUCUUCAGGAAUUUGCGCAAAUUAUCGAAAUCGCUGAAAAUUUGCUGGACAGUCCGAUAUCCGCAGUAAGCCUGGAACAUCUCCAGGAAGAGAUGCAGAAGCACAGAAAAUUUUUCGUCAAUCUGAACCACUGUCGCGCAAUUCUCGAAUCAUUGGAAGGCAAUCUAGAUCCUGAAACCAGAGCCAAACACUCCGGUUUGCACGAAGAACUACAUAGUAAAGCAACGGCGCUGCUCGAUCAGGCAGCUUCAAGAGCGCAACAAAUGGCUUUGGCGGCGUCGCGAUGGAUGCUACUCGAGCAGGGUGUAAAAGAAGAAAGAGGAUGGCUCCAGGUUGCACACCAACGAGUUCCUGAUCUUCAAACGGUGACUUCGACUGACUACGAUCAAUACAUUUCUUUAUAUCAAUCUUUAUCAUUGGAUGUAGCAACUCAUCAUGCACGAUUAAUUCACUUACUCGGUGUGGCACGUAGUCUUCGUGAUCUUAUCGACAUUGAGGAUCCUGAAGAUCGAUAUGGUGAAGCUUUAGACGUGAUCGUCAAGCUGCAAGACAAUAUUGAAUCCUCUCUAAAAAGACUAUUGACUUUUAGAGAGAGUUGGAACAAUCAAGAGAUACUAACAAAUCGCGUAGAACAUUGGAUAACAAUGGCUGAGAAGGAACUUGCUACAUUACAUGAUCCAUCAGGGAGUUCUAUGCGUCAAUUCUGGGAAUUAAAAGCACAAUAUGAGGUUCAUAACAACACGCGUAACGAAGCGGACAAUUACUUCGAGCAAGCUCUACGAAUUAUACCUCUGUCGGACGAAAUGUUGCAGCGACAGUUUCACUACGAGUUGCAGGGUCGUUGGAAUGAGAUUAGUGAUAAGAUCAACGAAAUUCAAAAAGAUGUCACUCGCAGCAUUUCCUCGGACGAGAUCUCGUCGAACGAGAAAUUAAAAUUACUCGAGAAGGAGCUAAAUGAGUUACGAAUGACCAUCAAUAGUUUCCAUGGAGUGCUGAAGACAGAAGAAGAACUAGACCUAUACGUUGAGAGACUUACUAUAUUGUUCGAAAGAAUCUCUUUGAUUCAGAACGAGAUAGGUAGAUUAGGUCUUUUACCAGCGGCGGAGAGCGAAAGAGUCGGAAUUUUAUUAUCAUCAGCGCGUUGCAUAGAAGGACAGAUAAGCGAAGAACUAGAUUCGGCACAGCUACUCAAAGAAAAGAUUCAGACUCUUCAACGUGGAUUAAGUCGCUUUAGGAAGGCUCACAAAAGAUUAUCGAUGAUAUUGGAUCAAUGCGAAGGUAGCGAAAGACAAGAAAGCGAUCUGGUAGCCGCGGCUGUAGAUCGUUGUCAAUCUGUCGCCAACGAAUUAGCUGUUCUCUGGCAAGAUCUAAUGGCAUUAAGACAGAUGCUGCAUAAUUUACCAACCGGCAUGAGAGUAACAGUGUCGCCAGUGAGCAUAGAAAGAGACUUGUCUAAUAUACAGGAUGUACACACCGAACUUGAAUCCAGAUGCGCGCAUCUGCUUUCGUUGCUGACAAAUAGAUUGGAGUUGUGGCGACGAUUCGAGAGGCAGCUGGAAAUGGUGCAACAAUCCGUUCAAGAAGCGGAUUAUAUGAUGGAACUGUUAACCGUCCAAGACUCCGUUGAUUACGACAGAUUGCUGAAGGCCACGGAGCGCCUCGAGGGUUUGAACGGCGAUUUGGGUGCUCGAGAGGUUCUCAUUGGCGAAUUACGUGCCGCUGCCGAACCUCUGCGGGAGAGUUGCGCCGCAGAGGUCCGCGAGAGAGUCGACGCCGCAGUAAAUGAGGCCGUACAGGCUUGGGAGGACACAAGGGCCGAAUUGGAUGCCCUUUGCACCCGAUAUCAACACGCGUGCAGACUCUGGCAGCAAUACAGAGACUCUAGCGCCGCGGUGAAGGCCUGGGUAGACACCCAAAUGAACAGUGUGGUAAAUUUGCCACCGGAGGAAGCAGUCAAGCAAGUUAAGGUUUGUGAGGAGACACUGGCGGAGCACAAAGAAAGACUAGCGGAACUACGCGGUCUGGUGGCACAGAUCGCAUCGGAUGUGGGUUUGGACGCUGGUGGACCGCUGCACUGCGAAGUUGAAGCACUAGGUCAACGACUCGAAGAUGUUCGAGAAACCUUGUCGACCCUCGCGGACACAGUGGAUGCCCGUGUCCUCAACCAGGAACUUGCCCGCGGUGAUCUAUGCCAAACGAAAAAUUUCCUGGAUUCGGUCCAACAGAGUCUGACAGCGGUGGGUCAAGGCGAGUCUAACGAACAACUGACGGUAUUACGAAAUCAUCUACUCGCGUUAACUCGAACUGAGCCGCAGCUUCAAUCCAUCAAGGAUCGCGCGUUAGAUGUUUCCGUGCAAGAACCGUCGGUGGUUGAGGUGGUCCAGUUAUGGCAACGCGUAUUUCAAGAAACCUUCCAGCAGUAUCAUCGUUUGUCGACACGAUUAAUCCGCUCGCAAGACGUGAUCGCUGCGUUAAAGCUUUGGGAAGAAUAUUUGACGCAUGUGCAAGAUUUUCUGUCGAGCGGUAUGCCAGGUGAUUACAACAGUUUAUCGGAGCAUCGGAAUCUCUGCGAAGUUCAUCGAAAACUUUUGCCUGAGCAGCAGAAUCUUAUUUUAACGGUGCGACAAGAGGAGGAUCGUAAUCGGUCGGUUACCGAGCAAUUCAAUGCCUUAACAAAUCUUCACAAUGAGACAUUGGCGAGAAUAUUGGAGCGACAUGCGACAGUGCGUGACAGAAUAUCGGCCUGGGAUAGAUAUAAAUUAGAUCAAAGGAAAUUGUUGACGUGGUUAAAGGAAGUUGAAAGAGAACGGCAACGCAUGAACUUACAGUUCAUCCACUUGAGAAGGCUUGAAAAGAUUCUGCAAAGAAUUCAGGCGCUGUUGGACAAGAUGCCAGUUGGCGAAACUCAGAUAGAGUCUCUUCAGGAACAACAGGAGUACCUCCUAACUAAUUGCGACGAGGCGCUGGCCGUCUCGAUACGCAUGGAACACGCUGCAAACGUACAACGGAUCGCAAAUUUGCGAGCCGGUUUGGAAACUUGGAGGGACUUCGUUCAACGAGUGCAGAAAUUGCAUGAAGAACACGUUAAGCAAUCUGAGAUUAUCGUCACGAUCUUCCAGGAAAUUGGCCAAACAUUAAGCGCGGGCUUCCAUGCGGGACCAACAAGUCUAUCCAGGACGAAAGAACAACUCGACUCACUUGAACAUUUGAGAACUCGCCUAGCUAACGCGCAACGAAAUUUGGAAUCUCUUGGUGUAAUCACGGAACAAUUGAGAGAGUGUUUGAGCCCGAGCGACAUGAAGACAUUAAAUCAACAAGACGCACUUCUGACGCAACAACACGGCGAUCUUGAAUACCAAUUAGCUUUAUUAUCAUAUAGACUCGGAGAACGUUGUGCUCUUCAUGGUCGAUGGGAAAAUAGAUUAAAUAAAUUGUUGUCGUGGAUGGAAGAUACAGUGACCAGAACGCAGAACCAUGACACGAUGGCAUUGGACGAACCUGAAGAGGCAUUGAAGCGACUUGAGUGCGAACUACAGACGGAGAUGAGUUUGAAACAGCGCGAACUCGAGUGGUUACAGAAUACCGGGCAAGAGCUAAUAGAAGUCGCCGAAGAGACAGAGAAAGCAAAACUUCAGCAAUCCUUAGAUGAAGUCAACGAGAAGUGGAAUCGUUUAAUGGCCGGCGGUAAAGCAAGAGCUAACAAGCUGAUCGAUCUAAUUCAAACUAUGAACUCAUUGCUCAAAAGGAUAGCUGAUUUACGAACUUGGUUGACCGGCAUCGAAAGUCAGCUAUCAGAAGCUAUCAUUAUUGAAAAACUCACACAGAGAAAUAUCGACAAAAAGCUCGAAGAUCACGACCAUCUCAAGAUCACUAUUGAGGCUGAAAGCGGUAAUAUCGGUGAGGUGCUAAAUUUAUGUGAAAUCCUGUUAAACGAUUGCGACACAUGGAAAGCUUCUUUUAACAUGGACGCGAUAAAGAACGGUAUGGAAAGUCUAGAGAAACGAUGGAAAGUUGUGUGCAUUAAAUCUACCGAGCGCAAGCGAAAAAUUAUGAUGAUUUGGAAGCUGUUGCAAGAAUUGGAAAAAACCAGAUGCGAGCAUGAACCAUGGUUAGUAAAAACAGAGAAAUCUUUGUUGGAGUUGGAGAACGAUCUUACAGAGAUCUCGAAAGAAGAAUCAAGAAAAAUAACCGAGAAAGCUAAAUCGAUCGCCAAAGAUAUCGAAGCUCAUCAGAAAGCCUUAAAAAUCCUAGAACAGAUAUUUGGACGUCUGGCCAAGUCCGGAUUGGAUACCGACAACUUUAGAUCUCUUACGGCCGAGACACGGAAGAUCAUUGACAGAUGGUUGGUUCUGGAGACAAGAAUCAACGCCAUUAUCUCGAGCAUUCAACGGGAACAAAAGACUUACCGUGAGUUCGUAUCCACACAUGGUACUGCAGUAAUGGGCUUGACACAGGUGGAUGUUCGCCUAACGCAAAUGCAACACCUCGCCACACCUGAGCAAAGAGCAUCGUUGCGACGAAGGCGUCAACAGUUGAGUGAAAUCGAGGAAGAGCUCGAUACUCAAAACGUUACGCUGCGCAAAGCAGACGAGUUAGCAUUGCGAGUUAUGCAGGAGAGCAAUCCUGAUGACGUGGCCGCGAUUCAGGAACUGGUAGACGAAUAUCAACUUCUAUGGCGAGAUAUCAAGUCACGAGUAAUCGCGCUGAAAGCGGAACUGGAAACGCAAGAAAGAUCGGAGGUCGACGAGGCCGUACAGGUAGAAACUUUGAAAUUUGAGCGAGAUACCGCGGUUCAAGUAGACACCCUACCAAGACUCAUCAGAAUGACUUCAUGUGACGCAUAUUUGAUGGAAUUGGAAACUGCCCUGAACGAAUGCAACAACGCCCUAAACGCUUUGGAAGCAACGGUAACACCUGAUCCCGUUUCCGGUCCUGGGCUCAAUGCGGCUGCUAAAACUAUCGCUAAACUAAUCGGAAGUUGCCAGUCCUCGAUAGAACUGGUACGCCACCUUCAUAAUCUGCUCAUGGAAGACGACAAAUUGAGUUUAGGAACUGCUAAAAGUAGCGAGGUAACAACACUAAUAGCUCGAUACGAAACACUCAUUGCACUAGCAAGAGCACGUGAACAGCAAAUCAGAGAGCUCAGAUCGCCAGUCACCGAUGCUUACGCUUUUCCAUGUGAUCAUGAUAGUGGCAGAUUGACCUGUCCAUUAUGCUCUCGUCGUAAUUGGGCUCAACUGGACAAUGAUUUAUGGCGUUUGGACAAAUGGUUGGAGUACGCCGAGGGUACGCAGAGUGAGCAGCAUUCGCCGCCCAAUGAUAUAGAACAAUUGGAGGACGUAAUUCAGGAUCAUCGCGAGUUUUUAUUGGAUCUCGACAGUCAUAAGAGUAUUGUAACGAGUCUGAAUAUAGUCGGUACUCACCUAGUCGAUCAUACUGAAGAUACAGAACGUGCGAAGGAGCUUCGUGACAGAUUGGCUGUGGCAAACAGCAGAUGGGAGAAAAUUUCUACAACUGCUGUGGAAUGGCAGGAUCAGUUGCAGCACGCCCUUAUGACGAAUCGCCAAUUUUAUCGUAUUAUAGAAGAAUUAUUAAGUUGGCUCGAACGCACUGAGGUCAGCAUUAGAGCAAGCGAACCAAUCGAUUUGACCGAAUCUAGCAAUAUCCUAGAAGCAAAAUAUAACAAAUUUAGGGAACUGCGAAGUGAUCUGGAGCGUUGCGAGCCGCGAGUAAUAUCAUUACAGGAUGCAACUAAUUAUCUUUUGGACGAACAGACAGAAACUAGAACGCGUCUGCAAGAACUACGAUUAAGGUUACAGUCGUUAAGAAGACUCACAGGAAUUUAUGCCCUUAAAUUAGGAGCUGCUCUUGGGUUGGACCCACGGGAUAUUGGUCUCGCUGCUACGUCUACAUCUCUUGCAUCUCUCUCACAUGACCUGCUCGACGAAGCUGCCUCUGGGACUGCUCAGCCUCACGCCACCGGCACAGAUGGUGACGAAAGAGACCAAACGGUAUUGGCACGUGGUUAUCGCUUCUUAGGACGAGUUCUACGAGUUUCUCUUCCAAUCCAAGCAUUGAUGCUGUUACUGCUUGGCGUCGCAUCUCUGGUACCAUCUGCAGAAGAAGACUACAGUUGUAUGCUUUCUAACAAUCUCGCGAGGAGCUUCACGCCAAUAGCUUUUUAUCCGAAUGGACCUCCACCGGUAUAACAGUAAACAACGUUUAAGACCUUAUUUCUGAAUAAUAUCGUAUACGAAAAUGCUAGAAAUUUAUAAUAUACGUAGCGUAUAUUAUAGUAUUUUCAUCCAUUUUGAUAUGCGAUAUUUUACAAGAAUACGGUCCCUGCCGUUUUGUUGCGUGUCACUUUGCCAACUUAAGAUUGAUACUUCUCAUGAGGCAUUGACGAGGCAAGCCAAUACAAAGCCGAUCAAAUUUCUUUACCUUUACCUUGCGUAAUUAGCAUUGGAAGAUACGAAAUUCAAACUGCCCUGAGCUUUCUUCGUCAAUGUUUUUAUUGACUGCAGCCGCAGUGCGCGUAUCACAGGAAUCUUUAUAUGAUAUAUGUAUAUUGUAAUUUUACACACGACGAAUUUGUAUGUAAGUAAUUAAUGUAACGGACCAAGCGGUGACUGAAAAUAUGUAGCCGACGCGAAAACACAUUCUUUAAUUUAUUAUUAUUAUAUAUAUAUAAUAUUGUAUAUUUCGUUAUAAAUUCAAUGCGUGCAAUAUCAUGCUCCUUCCCGUGCCAAGCGUGCACACGGUCAAAUGUCUCAGUAUCAUAAUGAAUAAUACCUAUCUUGACAAAGUAUUUAUUGUAAAGACAUUGACUGACUUGAAACGUUCGAAUGUAUAUCGACCUUGUAUAUUAACUCUUUAAUUGCGAAAGGCAUAUACAUAUGACUCUGAGAAAGUUGCCUUUUAUUUGCGGGAAAAACAUAUAUAUGUAUAUAUUAAUUUGUAGUUGAAAUUUGGAGCAUUCUUGAAGCGAAAAUUAACAAUUUGUCCAAAUUCAACAAGCUUAUAAAAAU